AUGAACAUUGCCACCAACACGUCAUCAGCAUCGAAAGCCCAACAAAUUAAAACCUUAAUCUCUAUCGCAUCUACCGUCAAUCACCUAAAGCAUAUCCACGCUUCCCUCAUCCGCCACGAUCUCCAUCAUGACACUUUCCUCAUCAACCUCCUCCUCAAGCGAACUCUCUUCUUCCGCCAAAACCAUUACUCCUUCCUCCUCUUCUCUCAUACCCAAUUCCCCAACAUUUUCCUUUACGAUACUCUCAUUAAUGGCUUUGUCAACAAUCAUCUCUUUCAUGAAACCCUCGGUCUCUUCCUCUCCACCCGCAAACACGGUCUCUCCCUCCAUGGUUUCACUUUCCCUUUCGUUCUCAAGGCCUGCACCAGAUCCCAGAAUCUCAAGCUCGGGAUUGACCUUCAUUCUCUUGUGGUUAAAUGUGGGUUUAGUCACGAUGUCUGCGCUAUGACGAGUUUGCUCUCUGUCUACUCUGGAUCUGGGCGUCUUGAUGAUGCCCACAAACUGUUCGACGAAAUUCCUGAGAGAAGCGUUGUAUCUUGGACGGCCUUUGUUAGUGGGUAUAUUUCUGCCGGGAAACAUAGGGAGGCUAUUGAUCUGUUCAGGGAGAUGGUGGAGAUGGGUGUGAGACCAGAUAGCUAUUUGAUUGUUCGGGUUCUAACUGCUUGUGUUCGGGUCGGGGAUCUCGACAGCGCAGAGUGGAUUGACAAGCUCGUGGAAGAGAUUGGGAUGCCGAAGAACUGCUUUGUGUGCACAACACUUGUCAAUCUCUAUGCAAAGCGUGGGAAGAUGGAGAAAGCACGUUCUGUUUUCGACUCUAUGGCGGAGAAAGAUAUUGUUACUUGGAGCACUAUGAUACAAGGCUAUGCGUCGAAUAGCCUCCCGAAAGAAGGUGUAGAGUUAUUCCUCCAGAUGUUGCGGGAAAAUCUGAAACCCGACCAGUAUUCCAUUGUCGGGUUUCUUUCUUCUUGUGCAAGCCUAGGAGCGCUUGAUCUAGGCGAAUGGGGGAGUAGUUUAAUUGAUAGGCAUGAGUUCUUGAACAACCUGGUUAUGGGCAAUGCGCUGAUCGACAUGUAUGCAAAAUGUGGGGCUAUGGCUCGAGGUUUUCAAGUGUUCAAAGAUAUGAAGGAGAGGGAUAGAGUUAUCAUGAACACUGCAAUUACUGGUCUGGCCAAGAAUGGCCACGUUAAGCUCUCGUUUGCGGUUUUUGGACAAACAGAAAAGUUAGGUAUCUCACCUGACGGGUACACAUUCCUUGGACUGUUAUGUGGGUGCGUUCACGCAGGGCUAAUCCAAGACGGGCUUCGGUUUUUCAACGCCAUGAGCUGCAUUUACUCGUUAAAACGCACGGUUGAGCACUAUGGUUGCAUGGUAGAUCUUUGGGGCAGAGCUGGGUUAUUAGGUGACGCAUAUCGCUUGAUCUGCGAUAUGCCCAUGAAGCCAAACGCGAUAAUCUGGGGAGCGUUAUUGAGCGGAUGCAGACUGGUCAAAGAAACUCGGUUAGCAGAACGUGUUCUCAAAGAACUCAUUGCUUUGGAGCCGUGGAAUGCAGGAAAUUACGUUCAGUUAUCUAACAUAUAUUCAGUAGGUGGCAGAUGGGACGAAGCGGCUGAAGUGAGAGACACAAUGAACAAGAAAGGUAUGAAGAAAAUCCCGGGAUUUAGUUGGAUUGAAUUGAAAGGGACGGUCCACGAGUUUCUCGCAGAUGAUAAGUCUCAUCCUCUGAGCGAUAAGAUAUAUGCAAAGCUAGAAGAUUUGGGUAAUGAAAUGAGGCUUAUGGGUUUUGUUCCAACAACAGAAUGUGUUAUGUUCGACGUUGAAGAGGAAGAAAAGGAAACGGUCUUGGGGUAUCACAGCGAGAAGCUUGCGGUUGCGUUUGGGCUGAUCAGUACAGUUCACGGUGAAGUGAUUCGAGUGGUGAAGAAUCUAAGAGUGUGCGGAGAUUGUCAUGAAGUGAUGAAAUUGAUAUCGAAGAUCACGAAAAGAGAAAUUGUUGUUAGAGACAACAAUAGGUUUCAUUGUUUUACAAAUGGAUUUUGUUCUUGCAAUGACUAUUGGUGAGCUCACUAUUUAAUUUGCAACAAUAGGUUUCACUGGAAACUAAAAUGAUUUCAAAUAAUACAAAAACUUCAAA